CGAUCUUGCACCGCUUCGGCUUCGGCUUCGGCUUCGACUUCGGCUUCGGCUGCAUCUUCCGUCUCCUCGCCUCUUGGUCGCUCCGUCUGUGGCAGCAGCCGCCAUGUCCUCCGAACACGUAGAGUUCCUCAAGCGCUGGGCCAAACCCGACCAUUACCCCAAGCCCGAAUACGUCACCAACCCCACCGAUGGCGACUUUAACUUUGUCGACAGUGAUGCCCCUCCAAACCAGCUGAGCAAGAGCUACGACACCUCGUCGAUAUCGCUUGUCCUGGGCAGCGUCACAUUCCAGCUGCAUCCAUCGAUCCAAGUCAAGACGCUGGAGCUGGCGCGGCGGCGGCUGGCCAUGGCGGCCUUCCACUAUCUCGAUUCCCAGGACCUGCUCGGGGAGGUCGAGUUCAACUACGUAGGCGUCUUGCAAGAGACCGUCCAGCGGCUCCAAGUCCAUAAGCCAGAAUACUCGUACGAACCCGACGGCCAGAAGGGUCCUUAUAUUUGCAGCGUUCAUGUCUUUGACACCACCUACCAGUCCCCCACGGCCCUGGGGAAGAAAAAACUCGCCCAGCAAGCUGCUGCCGCACAGGCGCUCAAGGAAGUCUCUUGGGACAAAGGCAAGACCGAUCCGGAAACGAGAUCCAUCGACUUUGGCAUCCGUACAACUAAAUCUGCAGUUAGCUUGAAGGACUGGCUAUCGGACUCCAAGAAACCGGAGCCAUCCUCCGCUGCUGGGGCAUCCAUCGAGCAGGAGCUUGCCAAAUCAGGAUCUGUUGCAGCCGUUGACAGUGCUCCGCCUCAGAAGCAUGCCAGCGAUGCCGUAUCCGCGCCUCCAAACGAGACCAACUUCGCUCCUCCGCCCCUGCCGGCGAUCAGUGGUCAUGAACUUGUCUUGCUCACUAUCAAUCAACAUGAGUCGAAUCUCGGCAGAGCUUCAGACGCGGCUCAGAAGGCCCUCGCAAUGUUGUUGGCAGAGUACAAUUCGCCGAAGCCUGUGUACUACUCCCGAACCGAGGGAGACCAGUUCCGAGCGCUCUUGAAGCUCGAUUUCCGAGGCAGCUCGUUCAUAUACAAAUCAGCGUUAGCCUAUCCUGAGAAACGCUUGGCCUUCGAGGAAGUCGCCGAUGAGGCAUACCGAAACUUGGUCCGGCACCUCUACAUUUUCGGCUACUUUUCGAGUGUGAAUGAGCCGUUCGCCAUCGCUUCAGAGAUGAGCCGCUUUGCGGAUCAGUACGCGGAGCUUCAUGUGAAGCGGCCGGCGAUUGAUGAAAGCGCUGCUGGAUCCUAGUUCCUACCAAAGCUUGUCAAAGCAGAGGAAUCAACCUGAACCCAGCUUGGCUGGAUGCGGACCAGCCUGUGAUCGGGUGCCACCCAGCAGCUUGCAGGCUGCAGCCCCCAAUAACAUUCAUAUCCACAAUAGCGUUCAUGUGCUGGUUCCAAG